CUCUCUCGUUCUCAGAGACAUCUAACUGUGCUGAGAAUCUGCAGCAAGACACUGACGUCUCCUCAUAUUAAGACACUAUAAACUUCAUCAUGAUCUUGCUCCUCUUCUUGUUCGCUCUGGCUCUGGGUGCUGUGAUUCCUUCAGAUGACCAGAGUGUGAAGCUACAGCGAGGCAACUGUCCCCAAUUCUGGUUCAGCUUCAAUGGCCGCUGCUACAAGUACAUCGCUACAACUAUGACCUGGGCUAUUGCAGAGUUCUACUGUGUGUCACAGGGAGCCCACCUGGUGUCUAUCCACAGUGCUGAUGAACAGAAUUUUGUCAAUUCCCUGAUCAGCAGUUUUGAUUAUUCAGCAAAACCCAUCUGGAUCGGAUUGAAUGACCUCUUUCAUGAAGGCACAUUCACGUGGUCUGAUGGAUCUGAAGUCAACUUUGACUUUUGGAACACAGGAGAACCUGACGAUUAUGGAAGUAGGGAAAACUGUGGACAGAGCUCCGGCCCGUCUUUCAAAUGGAAUGACUAUUCAUGUACAUCUUCAUGCCCUGCUGUUUGUGCAUUCUCCUUGACACCUGAGAAAACUGCAAGAUGAAGAAAAGUCAUUUCAUGAACAUUAA